CGCACACUUCCUGAAUGGCAGCUUCUCUCCGUCCGCAAGUCCUCAGUGUCGGACAGUACCUGGAAGAAAACAACAACAACAACAAAACAACAACAACAACAUCAGCCCACCAAACGAUCAACACGUCCUCAGUCAAACGACCGCAUUUCUCCCCCCCCCCCCCGCGCGCUUUAGAUGAAAGCGACUGAUCGCCGAUCGCCUCCGCCUGACUCCGGGCAUGCCGCCGCGCAGAAGCCCGCCGCCCGCCCGGCUCGGUGGAAGUGAGCCUCGACGGUGUCCGGCCAGCCCCGCUGCACUCCUCGGAGCGGAUGUCUCAAACCGGGCCGGCGGCAAACACGUCGCUUUUUAAACGGACAACUGUCAUCGCGUAACGCCGCAGAUCAUCGUUUUUUUCCUGCGCGCCCCCCCCUCCCCUCCGCUCCGCUUGGUUCCCGGCUUUUAUGUGUCAAGUCGCCCUCAACCGCGGCCGAGAGUGCCAAACUUUGUUGCCCGCCGCCUCCUUGUUGCUCUUCGAUGAGUGUUCUAACAUGCGGGGAAUGCGGGAACCGAGUCGCUGGUGGAUUUUAUCCUUGCUGAUUUUAACCUUACCCACGCACGCAGACGGUCGCCCCGUUGUACUGGGUGGCCAGCUGUACUAUGGCCGGGUGCAAGAUGAAGCCAGUCCCGGCCUGACGAGGGAGAGGAGGGCGUCGGGUGGCUCCUACUGGGCCUAUUCAGGGAGCCACGGACCUCGAGGCUGGGCCGCCUCCUACCCAGAAUGUGGGGAGACAAAUCAAUCACCUGUGGACAUUGUGGAUGAGGAUGCUCAGGUUUCUCAGGAGUACCAGGAACUCACACUCGAUAAGUUCGACACGGAGUCCUCCAACCAGACAACCAUGAAAAACACUGGGAAGACAGUUGCUGUUUUGCUGAAGGAUGACUACUUCGUGCGAGGAGGUGGGCUGCCUGGCCGUUUCAAAGCCGAGAAGAUGGAGUUCCACUGGGGCCAGAGUAACGGCUCAGCGGGCUCGGAGCACAGCAUCGGCGGCAGAAGGUUCCCCGUGGAGAUGCAGAUCUAUCUGUACAACUCAGAUGACUUCGACAGCCUCAGCACCGCCAUCAAGGAGAGGCGCAUCAUCGCUGCCAUGGCGGUCUUCUUUGAGCUGGGCCAGAAAGACAAUCCAGCUGUAGAUCCUAUCAUCCACGGACUGAAAGGAGUGGUGCAUCAUGAGAAGGAGACCCACCUCAGGUCCUUCAUCCUGAAGGAUCUGCUUCCGUCGUCGCUGGACAGCUACUACCGCUACACCGGGUCUCUCACCACGCCACCAUGCAGCAAGGUGGUGGAAUGGAUCAUCUUCUCCAGGCCUGUGUAUCUUUCCAGCUCACAGCUGGAGGCUUUCUACUCAAUCUUCACCACAGAGCAGCAGGACCACGUCAAGUCUGUGGAGUACUUGAGGAACAAUUAUCGUCCCCUCCAGGAUAUGGGCGGUAGGACAGUCUCUAAAUCAGCUGUGAAAGACGCAUGGCAGAAAGACGUGACUGACGUUCUGGGCAGCCCUCAUGGCACCGAGGCUUCCAGAGUUUGCAGCAGCGCCCCAGUGAACAUGAAGAUCCAGCUCUUGAACCAGACAGCGUUGAUGGUGAGCUGGGAUCGACCGCUUACCGUCUACCACCCGCCCAUUACCAGCUACAUGGUCUCCUACAGCUGGGUGAAGAGUGAGGUCGCGAAUGAGAAGACCUUCACCAAGACCAGCGACCAGACGAUGAAAGCAGUGAUAGCCAACGUGUCACGCGACAUCCUGUACCUCUUCAGGGUGCAAGCUGUGUGUCAACAAGACCUGCGUAGUGAUUUCAGCCAAACACUGCUGUUCAGUGAAAAUAUAACAAGAAUAUUUGAAGGUUCACGGAUCAUAAAAACUGGGAUGCCCACAGUUUCUCCUGCGUCCUCAGCUGACAUGGCUCCCAUCAGCUCUGGCUCCUCUACGUGGACCUCCUCCGGCCUCCCCUUCUCCUUCGUCUCCAUGGCAACGGGAAUGAGCCCCUCCUCUAGUGGCAGCCAGGCCACAGUAGCAUCUGUAGUGACCAGUACCUUGCUGGCAGGGUUGGGCUUCAGUGGCGGGGUUAUCUCAUCUCUUCCCAGCUCUCUUUGGCCCACCCAGGCACCUCAGAUGAGCUACAAUCCCUCCCGCUCGCCAGUCCAGCCUGCAAAGUCCAACACUGAGCCGACAACGCCACAAGGCGGUGACACAGAUACCCCCAACGACGAGAACCUGGCUUCACCGGAAGGGGAGGAGGAGGAAGGGAGGAAGGAGGGAGAAGAGGACGAGGGAGAGGAUGAAAAGAGACAGAAGAAUAAGGCUGGACCUGACGAUGUGGAUGAGCGAAUGAAUGGAACUGUGGCCAAAGAGCCGUACAUCCCCUCGCCCACAUCCACCACUAAAGAGAAAGGACAAGGGAAGACUGUGGUCAAUGUCAUCACAGUACCUCCACGUGCAGGGGGGGACCAACUGGUCAGAGGAGAAGAGAAUGGCAACGGAGAAGAGAAUGGCAACACUGCACCCACACGGGAGCCCCGUAACGACACAGCAGAUAUGCAGAUUCCCCAGAGCCCUACGCAGGUCAGCGGUGAGGACAAGAACAUCUGGCCGUUCUCGGUGCACACCGAUAGGACCAACUUGUCAAACGUGACCCGAAGUCCCCAACCCAGCAUGGGCAGGAUGGUGUGGAUUGUCCCUCUGAUUGUGGUUUCUGCUCUCACACUGCUCUGUCUGGUCAUGCUGCUGGUGGUCCUGGUCUACUGGAGGAGGUUUUUCCAGACGGCACACUUCUACGUAGAGGACAGCAAUUCUCCGCGGGUGGUGGCCAAUGAGAAUAUUCCCAUCAUCCCCAUACCAGCAGAUGACAUGGAGGCCAUUCCCGUCAGGCAGUUUGUUAAACACAUCACGGAGCUGUACUCCAGCAACCUGCGUGGCUUCUCUGAGGAAUUUGAGGAGGUCCAGCGCUGUACAGCAGACCUGAAAAUCACAGCCGAGCAUUCCAAUCACUUGGACAACAAGCACAAAAACAGAUACAUCAACAUAGUAGCCUAUGACCAUAGUCGAGUGAAAUUAAGAGCCCUGCCAGGGAAAGACGCCAAACACAGUGACUACAUCAACGCCAACUUCGUGGACGGUUACAACAAGCCCAAAGCCUAUAUCGCUGCCCAAGGUCCUCUCAAAUCUACCUUUGAGGACUUUUGGAGGAUGGUGUGGGAGCAAAACACCGGCAUCAUUGUCAUGAUCACCAACCUUGUGGAGAAAGGAAGGAGGAAGUGUGACCAGUACUGGCCCGGUGAGAACUGCGAGCAGUAUGGAAACAUUGUGGUGACACUGAAAAGCACCAAAGUGCACGCCUGCUACACGCUGCGGCAUUUCCUCAUACGCAACACGAAAGUGAAAAAGGGUCAGAAGGGGAACUCUAAGGGGAAGCUGAACGAGCGCGUGGUGGUCCAGUAUCACUACACCCAGUGGCCUGACAUGGGCGUUCCAGAGUACACCCUCCCCGUCUUCACCUUCAUCAACCGCUCAUCAGCUGCGCGUACCCCAGACAUGGGCCCCGUCGUAGUGCACUGCAGUGCAGGGGUUGGACGGACGGGCACUUACGUUGUCAUCGACAGCAUGCUGCAACAAAUCAAGGACAAAAGCACAGUCAAUGUCCUGGGUUUCCUCAAGCAUAUCCGCACACAACGCAACUACCUAGUCCAGACGGAGGAGCAAUAUGUUUUCAUCCACGAUGCCUUGAUGGAGGCCAUUCUGAGUCGAGAGACAGAGGUGCCUGCCUGCAAGCUCCAUGGUUAUGUCAACAGCAUCCUCACACCCAGUUUGGCAGGCUGCACACACUUGGAGAAGCAGUUUAGGCUUCUGACCCAGUGCAACAUGCGCUUCGCCGAGUGCUUCAGCGCCCAGAAGGACUGCAACAAGGAGAAGAACCGCAACUCUUCAGUGGUUCCCGCCGAGCGAGCCCGGGUGGGGCUCGCCCCCCUCCCCGGCAUGAAAGGGACAGAUUAUAUCAACGCAUCCUACAUCAUGGGCUACUACAGGAGUAAUGAGUUUAUCAUUACCCAGCAUCCUUUGCCCCACACCACCACAGACUUUUGGAGAAUGAUUUGGGACCAUAAUGCCCAGAUCAUCGUCAUGCUGCCCGACAACAACGGCCUGGCUGAGGAUGAAUUUGUUUACUGGCCGAGCCGGGAGGAGGCCAUGAACUGCAUCGCCUUUACCGUCACACUCAUCAGCAAGGACAGACUGUGCCUCUCUAACGAAGAGCAAAUCAUCCUCCACGACUUCAUCCUCGAGGCCACGCAGGAUGACUACGUCCUGGAGGUAAGACAUUUCCAGUGUCCAAAAUGGCCCAACCCAGAUGCUCCUCUCAGCAGCACCUUCGAGCUCAUCAAUGUCAUCAAGGAGGAGGCCAUGACUCGAGAUGGUCCCACCAUAGUGCAUGACGAGUAUGGAGCGGUGUCAGCGGGGAUGCUGUGCGCCCUCACCACCCUGUCCCAGCAGCUGGAGAGCGAGGGGGCGGUGGACAUCUACCAAGUGGCCAAAAUGAUCAACCUCAUGAGACCGGGCGUCUUCACCGAUAUAGAGCAGUACCAGUACCUUUACAAGGCCAUGCUGAGCCUCGUCAGCUCCAGGGAGUGCGGGCUGAGUCCCGCGCACACGGACACCAACGGCCUGGUGGUCAUAGUGGACGAGCCGGACCCGGCAGAGAGCAUGGAGUCGCUGGUGUGACGCGGCUCUUUCCUCAAACCUGGCACUUAAUUUAUAGAAACCUGAGAAACUUUGGAAAAUUUACGUGAGGCCUUUUCUGCCAGACUCUGGGUUAAACGGAUAACCUUAUUACUUUUUUACAUUGAUAAAGGUUUUUUGAUAUUUAUUUUUUGUCUUUUUUUUUUCUUCCCUUUUUGUCUUAAAUGUUAUCCUGCUGAGCGUUUGCACCUGUAUUUUAAGUUGACGUGAGGAAGAAGCAGCUCUGUCCGGUUUGCACUAUAGUAUCAGUGUUACUGCCUAAACCCAGUAAGUUCGACUCCACACGGCUGAGGCCUGGCUGGGCCGAACGAUCAUGCUUCGGAUGCCAGGACCGCGUCGAGCGAAACCUCGGCGUGCGGACGGACACCCUGUCGGGCUGAUGGUGAACUCCUCCGUGAAGGUCUGAAAAACGAACCAAGGCAGCGGCACGCGACAGCCUGGCCCAGCAUGCAUGCUUGUACCGCACCGUCUCCUUCUCAGACUAACUUAUUCCACGCCACCCGCCAUAUAGCCGACGCUUUUAUCCGCCAAGAGACACCGUCACUUGCCUAAUUCAUUUAUUGUUCAGUUAUCUCACCGAUGUUUUACGGAAUUUACUCACAGACUCUUACGUUGAAGGGGGUGUUAAAAUCCACAGUAUAAUGUGAACCAUUUAUUGCUUUCUACAAGGAUUUAUAACGUUUUGUAAUAUAUAUUAUAUCCUUAUUAGUCCACCAAUGUUUUUGAGUAAUUAACCCCCGUUCGUCCCGCUGGCCUUGCAUCCAUCAUUGUGGAGCGGCUACAGCGUCUGAUGACGAGCCGGGGGAGUUACUUUCACUUUUUCUUUUCCGCAGCUUUGUCAAAAACACAGCCUUUACACAUCACCUCGCGUAACAGGUUCGGCCCUCGCUCUCACGCAAAACAUCGUUUCUUAACCAAAGAUGUGGUUCCAAGUUGCAGCACGCCAACAGUCUUGUCCUAAAAUCGACAAAAUCGCUUUUUUUUUCUGCCGCCGUUUCUUCGUUUUCACAAGCUCGUGGGUGUAAAAACAUUGAAGUAAGGAAGUUUCUGCCUCAGGAACUAACCGUUAAUAAUGAUUAUAGUCAGAUUAUAGUCAGAUUUGACAGAUUAUAGUCAGAUUAUAAUCUGGCAGAUUAACGUCAGAUUAUAGUCGGAUUAUAAUCAGAUUAUAAUCUGACAGAUUAUGGUCAGAUUAUAAUCUGGCUACAGUACGCUUUCCUCACAUUGGUCAAAUAUGAUGUGUAUUUAGAUUUAUUUUAACCGGGACUAUAUGCUGUCUGUGUGUUUGUGCCCUGUUUUGCUGUAUGAGUAUCCCUCCUUCUCCGCCGUGAAGCUCCAUCUGGAGACAGACACACAACACAUCUGCCGUCUCUCCCGUUUAAGCCCACUUCUCUGCCCCAGAGGAGGUUGCUAGGUUAAGUUAAAACUCUCCAACAUUUGGAGGUCAGUGCAGAUUUCUGACCAUUUUUAGCUGAGCUCAACCACACGCACCUUUCUUUGCAUCGACAGUUUUUAUUGCGUUUGCUUUGCUGCUGAACUUUUUCUCGCUCGGUUGCGUCCUGCUCUUGUCCGCCGUGUCAUGUCCCCCCUGUGAAGUCAGAGCGCUUUGCUUUUUUUUUGUUUUUUUGUUGAAGACAUGUACACAUUUUACGUCACGAACAAACCACUUCACUUUCAAACUCUUUUUUGUGCUCAUAGAUUUUUUAUAUUUUCAUACAAAAAUUUGGUUUGUAAAGUGGCCCUUAUAGUAGGUUGUGAUUUUUGUGGGACGCGUGGUGGCCCCGGGUCUCCGCGGUCGGCUGGUGUAGCCGACGGGUUUUCCUCACAUUCCCAUGAUGGAAGAGAGUCGGUGAGCCGGUAUGUUUACCUUUACCCAUUACAGCAAGGUUCACAGUUUGUCUAUUUUGUAACUUGAAAACGAAUAAUGAAAUGGUUUUGUCCAUUUAUCUGAUUUCAUGUUUAUAUGAUAGUAUCAUGGUUUUGUAUCACUAUGAUGCUGUGAUAUACUAUAAUAGUGUAAUAGUGUUAUUUAAUACGUAAACUGUAUUGCUAUACAUAAAAUAAAGUAUGAGUUU